UAUUAUUAUUGUAUCCCUCCGCUAGGGAAAAAGAUGCAAAACCCUAACCUUAAAACCUCCGCUUUCUUUUAGAGUGAGGGAAGAGAUAAGGGUGUUGCAGAAAGCGAUGUCGGGAAGAGAAGAAGACAGCGACUCCGACGCUCCCGAAGAAUUCACAUCGGAGCAGGGACUCGAGCAAGAUGCAGAGAUAAGGAAAGUUCAGAUGGAAAACAAGGCUAGGGUAGUUCGUGAAGGGAAAGAGCGCCGAAGACAAUGGGCUCAAAAGAAAACACCAAGAAAACCACAAAGUGAAGAAGUUGUCCAAGAGGCGGUAGAAAUUGAAACGAACCAAGAACCUCAUGACAAUAGGGGGAUGCUACCAAAUGACAUUGUCAAAGUGCUUGCAGCUCGGGAAAAGCAAGUUUUUUUAUCAGACUCUGAGGAAGAGAAAGAAAAGAAGACUGAGGAAAAGACCAAGUCAAAAAGGAAAAGAACUAAAUAUUCUAGGGUCGAACCUGUUAUUUUGAAGGAUAUACCACCUGCUCCAUGCCUGCAGAGCUCCUUGGAGUUUUUAAAAAAAAGGAAAAUGCAGGUUCCAAGGUCAUCCUCUGUCUUGAACAACUCCAAUCAAGCUCUACGCCUGCUUUCUGGUUCUGGCUUGUUAAGUAAAAAAUGAUAGAUUAAUCCAUAGGUAUUUUGGCGAAUCCCGAAUCUGCUGGAUAUUCUUUUCUUCUUUUUGACUUUUCUCUGUCUUCAUCUUGGUUUUUUUUUUCCCCCUUUGCCUCUUGUUUCUCCUGGUCUCCGGUAGCACAAUUUUAUGGAUGAUCAACUAGGGGAGCCUGUAUCUGUCAACUGUUCGGCAUAUGGCUUGCUUAUUUGCGUCGGUGUUCCUUUUUGUACUGUCACUACAACAAAUGUGUAAGAUUAUUUAUAUGGCGUAGAAUGCAUUGCAUUC